AUGUCGGGCCUGGACUUUGAGGAGCUGGCCGAGAUCGAGCUGCAGAAAGAUGAGGAGGAAGCGGCCAAGCUGGGCACUUGGAGACGGCCCUCAGUGGCACCCACAGCUGGUGAGGAACUGGCCCUCAGCCUGGAUCACCCGUUCUAUGACGUGGCCAGACACGGCAUCCUUCAGGUGGCAGGGGACGAUCACUUUGGAAGGCGAGUCAUUACCUUCAGCUGCUGCCGCCUGCCCCCUUCUCACCAGCUCAACCACAAACGGCUUCUGGAGUACCUGAAGUAUACACUGGACCAGUAUGUGGAGAACGAUUACACUCUGGUAUACUUCCAUUACGGACUCAACAGCCAAAACAAGCCCUCGCUGAGCUGGCUUCAGAAUGCCUACAAAGAGUUUGACCGGAAGUACAAGAAGAACUUGAAGGCUCUCUACGUGGUACACCCCACCAACUUCAUUAAGGUCCUAUGGAGCAUCUUCAAACCGCUCCUCAGCCACAAGUUUGGGAAAAAAAUCACCUAUUUCAACUAUUUGAGCGAGCUAUGGGAACACCUUGAGCAUGACCAGCUGGUUGUCCCCCUGGAAGUGGCCCGGUACGACGAGAAACUCCGGAACCUGCACAUGGGCAGGCUGCCCCCUCCGGCCAAGACACCGCCGCCUAGACCGCCCCUGCCCACCCAGCAGUUUGGUGUCAGUCUACAAUACCUCAAAGACAAAAAUAAAGGCGAACUCAUCCCCCCAGUGCUGAGGCUUACAGUGACGUACCUGCGAGAAAAAGGACUGCACACCGAGGGCCUGUUCCGGAGAUCUGCCAGCGUCCAGACUAUCCGAGAGAUCCAGAAACGCUACAAUCAAGGGAAGCCCGUGAAUUUUGAUGACUAUGGGAACAUCCACGUCCCUGCUGUGAUCUUGAAGACUUUUCUCCGGGAACUGCCUCAACCACUGCUGACCUUUGAGGCCUAUGAGCAGAUCCUUGAGAUCACCAGUGUGGAAAGCAGCCUGCGAGUGACCCGCUGCCGUCAGAUCCUGCGCAGCCUGCCCGAGCACAACUACGCAGUCCUCAGCUACCUCAUGGGCUUCCUGCACGCGGUGUCUCAGGAAAGCAUGUUUAACAAGAUGACCAGCUCCAACCUGGCUUGUGUCUUCGGGCUGAAUCUGAUCUGGCCUUCACAGGGGGCCUCCUCGCUGAGUGCGCUUGUGCCCCUGAAUCUCUUCACCGAGCUACUGAUCGAGUACUACGACAGGAUCUUCAGCGCUCCCCAGGCACCAGCGGGGCACGCACCCACCUCUGCCAAAGCCAGACAGCCGGGAAGUCCCAUCCCCCAAGGAUGUGCUGGAGAUGGACGUGCGGCCAGCCUUACCACACCUGUCCUGCCACCACGUCGCCUGCCUGUGGCCGGGAGACCCAUCUAA